GUAUGAUUGCAAAUCCUAAUUUCGUUUUUCUGAGUUGAAUUAGGGGGUUUCUCUUAGGGUUGGGGAGCUGAAGAUGAAGAAGAAUAACGGGAAGAACAAGCAGCAGAUAUGUGAUCAUACAUAUUAUCCAUAUAGAGAUAUCAGUGUGUUUGUUGUGAAUAGUAAACUUAAUUUGCUAUUCCCUCACAUGGAUAGAGAUAGAAUUGACCUUAAGGAAUUUGAGCAGAUGUUGCGUGUUAAGUUGCAUCUUGAUGAAACAGAAAUUCCAAAUUUAUAUUGGACCAUAGACCCAUGUCUGCCUGAGUAUUUGGUUACAAAUGAAGACUUGUUUAAGUUUUGGGAGCAUGCUGUACCUGAUGAUAAAGGCUUCGUAUGUUUACAAAUGAGUGUAAUUAAUUCAGAAUUUAGGAAUGAUAAUGACUUCAUUAAGACUGCAAUGGAACAACCAGUAGUAACAAUUGAUGAGACUCCUAAGAAGGCACCUAAGAGGAUUGCUAAGAAGCCAGUUUCUGGGAAAUUGACUAAUGAAGAGUUUGGGAUCUUCAUUAGUAUAUAUAGAGCUUCAAGAUGA